AUGACUACAUUUCUCGAUUCACCAAUCACAUUGGAACAAUUGUCGGACAAAUCUCUUCAAAAUUUGGCCAAAGUCUCGGAUUAUCCCUUGGAUUACAAUAUCUUCCUAUUCAAGGGAAUCGACCAGAGUAGGUCCGAAGACUUGGACGAGCUUACGCAGUUUCGGAAAUCGGUGUUGGACAGUAUUCCAAAGGAUUAUGGCGAUCUUAUUUUUGAUGCAGUUGGAGCCAAUCAAUUGGAGUUGACCACAAUAGCUAGAUUACAGAACAGACUACUGAAGUUGUUAAUCUUGGAAAGACAUAGAAGAGAUAUUGAAAUUUUGAAUAGGAUGAUUUCUGAGGAUCCCAAAUUGGCCAAUAAGAAGAUUUCAUACAUUCAGUUGAAAGAACCGUUGAAAUAUGAGAUCAAGUCACCCAUUUAUAAAUCUUUCGAGAACAAUAGGGACCUUUACAAGGAGAGUUUUAGGAAGUUUGCGCUUCUACAAAACGUCGAGUAUGAUUUUGAACACUUGAUUGAUGAUAACGGUGACUAUCAGACCGAUGAUGAUCUUUUAGAAGCUUUUUGUACUGAUGAUAUCUUGGAUUUCAACGAUAAAAUGAAGGAAAAUAAGGAUAAGGACUACGAUACGAUUGAAGAUGUCGUGGCCAACUCAAAAAUCGGAAAAGUGUUGGUUCCCUUGGCUGCACAGGCAUUUUUCACCCGAGAUGAUGACGAAAAGGACGAAAAGGACGAAAAGGACGACUGA